CUCUCCCCGUCCUCGCCGCUCCUGCCGCCGCAGCCCUCAUGCGCCCGGCCUAGCCAGGCAUCGCAUCCGCAGCGCUCGCGCGCCUCGUCUCGCGCGUCACUGGCCGCACGCUGCGUCCAAGAGCGCAUACAGGCAGCGAUGGACGCGGCGUUUGGCGUGCGCAACCUGCGCGCAUUCAACCAUGCGUUGAGCUGUCUGGGCCGCUUCAGCGAGUCGCUCAACCUGCAGUGCAUGCGCGACGAGGACGAGUCGCUCAAGCUGCGCCUCUCUGCCAUAAAUUCGUCGCAGUCGGCCUUCUGCUCCUUCACCUUCGUCGACAGCUUCUUCGACAGCUUCACGGCGGCGACGGACAAGCGCGUCGAGUGCCUCAUCCACAUCAAGUCCUUCCAGGCGAUGCUGCGCAGCAGCACCAACAAGGGCCUCGAGCGCUGCGAGAUCAGCGUCAUUGACAAUGACCGCGAGAGCCGCGUCGCUGUGCGCAUGCACUGCAGCCGAGGCGUGACCAAGACGCACAAACUCACUUUUGAGGCACAAGCUGGUCUGUGGCCCAACGCCGCUGCAUCGGCCGUCAACCACCUGCAGAUCGGCGCACGCGUCGUCUCUGAGCUGCUCGAGCACUUCUCCAACAAGAACGGCGGAGAAGUGACGUUCUGGUGCGCGCCCACGUUCCUCGUGGUGCGCUCCAAGAGCGAGGACGUGCUCGAGAAGAAUCAUCACAUUCGACGCUCGAUCCAGACCAACGUCAAGGUCGAUCUCGACGCCUUUGAAAUCUUCAAGGUGACGCGCGAGGCGUGCGUCACCUUUCCGCUCAAGGAGUUCAAGGCAGCGAUCUCCGCCAGUGAGCACCUCGGUGUGCCUCUCGAGCUCUUCUUCUCGCAGGGCGAGGAUCCGCUGCACAUCCACUGCUUGCGCGACGACCUACAGGCGGAGUGGGUGAUCGCCACGACUGAGGGCGAGCGUCCGCCCGAGGCAGGUGCCAUGGGUCCGCCUGCCGCGCCGGCCGCCGCAGGUUCAGCAGCACCUGGCAACUCGGUGCCUUCCGCCGCGGCACGAGCUGCGUCGCAGCGCCCGGUGCCUCCGCAACAGCAGGCAGACAGCGUGUCGGGCAGCAACGUCAAUGGCGCCGCUGCGCCCAGCGCAUCCAUCAGUCGCUCCAUGCCCGGCGCAUCUGCUGCUCGGCCCUCUUCGCCAGCACGUCGACAACCGAUGGAGUCGACGCCUCUGCCACACGCUCGGCCCGCGCAGGAGCUGCCGCUCUUUCGCGGCACACAGGGCUCGCACGACGGCGACGAGCAGCGCUCGGACGACGAGAUGGCAGCGACGGCGGCGACAGAUGGUGAAGAGGCAGAGGAGGAUGAGUGGGCUGCCGUCGAGGCGCUCGAGCAAAGCAUCUCGCGCGGCGAGGUCGAGAUCCACGGCUCGCAAGUGGUGCUCAGUGCGUCUCAACGCCCGCCGACUCAGCCGGCCGGCGCUCGCGCGGCGCCUCUGCCGAGUACUGCUCCGGUGACGCAGGCUCGCGCGGCGUCGAUCGAGCCACGACCUACCACGCAGGCACGCGCAGCUUCGCCGCCCAGUCGUCCGCUCUACGUCUCCAGCGGCGUCUCGCAAGCGCCGGCACGGCGCAAGGCGCCCUCGCAGCAGCAGCAGCAGCAGCAGCAGCAGCAGCAGCAGCAGCAGCUUGCACGUCUCGCCGAGGAGAGCGUGUCGCAGUCCUCGUCGUCGCUCGGCAUUGAAGUGUCGCAAGUCGACUUUGCAGAGCAUGCGCGCCGACGCUCCAGCAUCCGCCGCGACAAUGAGCGCGCCGAGAAUCGCUCCGUCGAGCCUCCCGAGCAUGGCGAUGCUGCUAAGGCAACUGUUGCGCCGCCACAGCGAGCCGAGGCAGCGCAGGAGCAGCGUGCUCGGCAAAAGGUGUCGCUAGCCUGGCGUUCCUCGCAAGCCGCAGCGGGCGCACUGAGUCAAGCGCUCGUCGAGGAGCAGCCGCCGCCGGCGUCGUGGCGCGAUGCUCUCCAGGCGGCGGGGCCGCUGGAUGAUGAGAGCGACGAAGAGGGGGAGGAGCUGCCGGCCAGUGACGAGGAAGAGGAGGCGCGGAUGGGAGGAGCUGCCAAACGAUUCAAGCCUCUCUUCUGAACGCAACCGGGGCACUUGUCAACUCGGCUCGGCUCUCGUCUUCCCAUCUCGCUCGUUGACCUCUUGGCACGCAAAGCUCCCCGUACAUGCUUCAGUCCUCCCUCACGUCACUCGCCCUGCAUCUGUCCCCCAUCGCCGGCGCCCCGGGCGCGCCUCGCAUCCCAUCAUCCCCUGCCCUGCGUUCUAAUGCCAUCAGUCACCUCGC